CGAAUAUUCGCACGCAUGCAAGAGGCUGUGAACAUCUGUGAGGUUCUCCAAGGCCGUUACCAUCGGUAAACAGCAAGCCUACUGAUUGCCUGCCUGGUGUUAUACGGAUUAUUUUCCGUUUACGGCGGACCGACGCGACGAGGCGUAUUGCCGCCGCCCUCCACAGGCCAGUAAUCACACUGAUGGAUUCAACCUUUCCCUAAAUCCACGGAUUGCUUCCUAGUUGGAGAUUUGACAUCCUCGUGAUCCGUGCGUGCGGCCAUCCUCGAGAAAUUGCUAGUGACUGUUCGAGUGUUAUUGCAGCUAAGGUCAUCAGAGAGGCCAACCAUUCCGUUCAGUGUCAGGCAGCCAGGCUAACUGUCCUGUUCAGUGUCAGGCAGAUUGAUUUAUGUUUGGGUCGGUAACUAGUUACCACGCACAACAAUGUUCCACUGUAAAUAUAUUGGAUGUCAGCAUGUGUCUGAGAAGGGGCAUAACUUUGUUCAGCACACAAAGCUGCACAGUAAUGCCCCCAAUUAUCACUAUCAGUGUGGGGUGCCUGACUGCUCACGGAGGUACAGAAAACACACGUCACUGUUAUCGCAUAUAUAUAGGCUGCAUAAGUGCUACCGGCAAGCUGCUCGGCCUAUACAGCCUGACACAUCAGCUCUACCACCUGACACAUCCUUGAAAUGUGUGCUUGAGGAUUGUGCAUUUAAGUGUGACACUUUAGCCUCUCUUAUUAAGCAUUUGAAGACACACAUAAGGGGAGGAAUGGAAACUAGAUGCCCAUUUAGAGGUUGUGAUUGCAGGUUCACAAACGUGAUGACUUUUGCUUCACAUAUUUCCAGGAAACAUAGGCAUGCAGAGGAUUCAGUUUUAGAUGACUUGGUACUAGACAAGUCUAUUACUUCCGAGUCAUUGCCAGAACCCAGUCAGUCGUAUUCAGAAGCUGCUGGUGAACAUGAUGAUGAACCAGAAAUGCCAUUAGCUGUGGACGAAACCCUUUUUUUACAGAACCUUACACUUUUCUAUUUGAAAUUGCAAUCUAAGCUACUCUUACCGGCAAGCACCAUACAAACCAUUAUUGAUGGCUUUCAAAGUGCUCAUGAACUUGGCCUGUCUCAUUCACUUAACAUUCUGAGUGAGAAAUUGAGGAAACUUGGAAUCCCUCAGGCCACUAUAAGCAGCAUCAUCGAUGAACUGAACAGAGAGGAUCUACUCACACUCUAUAACAGGGGAAGACUCAGUACAGAUGCAAAGAGGAAGGCUGCUUUUAAAGAGUGUUUCAACUAUGUUCAUCCUGUGCCUUUGCUCUUGGGCAAUGAUGAAAAUGACAAAGAAUGCUUUGCGCAGUAUGUACCUAUACAUGAGACAUUGGUGACACUGUUCAAAAAUGAGUCUCUACGAGAACAGUAUACCAUGACACGUUUGCAGCCAUCUACUGAUGCUGUCUAUCAGGAUGUCAAGGAUGGAGAAGGAUUUCAAAGUAAUCCAAUGUUAAAAGCUGACCCUUCCUCACUUGGUUUGAUACUGUACCAAGAUGCCUUUGAGGUUGUGAACCCACUGGGCUCAGGGAAAAAAAAGCACAAGGUUUUAGCUGUUUACCUAACCCUGACUGACAUCUUGCCUCACAAUAGAUCUUCUAUAGAUCAGAUGCAACUUGUUCUCUUAUGUAGGGAGCAGGACUUUAAGUAUUUUGGGGUAAAUAAGGUUUUUGCACCUCUAAUUGAGGACCUCAAAAUCCUGGAGGAGAGAGGUGUAGUCAUAUCUGAUGGCACUGUACUAAAGGGCUCUUUGGUUGCCAUUGCAGGAGACAACUUGGGAUCCCAUUCUAUUGGGGGAUUCUUAGAAAACUUCAGUCGGUCUAAUUAUUUUUGUCGCUACUGUGAGGUGCAUAGAGAUGAUUUCGUGAAGAAUCCAGUGUUGUGUGGUACAACAAGAACGGCCCAAUCAUACACAGGUAAUUUGCAAGACCUGGAAACUAGUGCCACAUACUCUGUAUGCGGUAUCAAGUCUGACUGUCCUUUCAACCAGCUUUCUCAUUUCCAUGUUUGCCAGCCUGGCCUCCCACCAUGUCUAGGCCAUGACUUAUUUGAGGGAGUCAUGGCUUAUGACCUUCCUUUAUGUAUUCGCCAUUUAGUUGAGGAGAAUCAUUUCACUUACCUGCAGUUAAAUCGGUGCAAGAACCAGUUCAGAUAUGAAGGGAACGAUGGUAGGGACAAACCAGCAGACCUCUCUCCCGGCAGUGACAAACUAAGUGGGCAUGCAGUUCAAAAUUGGUGUUUCCUUAGAUUACUCCCUCUCUUUGUGGGUGGCAGGAUUAAAGAUCCCUGUGACAAUGAGGUGUGGCAGCUCAUUUUGCAGCUGAGAGAGAUAGUUGAGCUUAUCUGUGCACCAGUCAUUACAGAAGGCCAGGUAGCAUAUCUGAAAGUCAUCACAGAGGAGUAUAUAUGCAACAGGAAAAGGCUAUUCCCCAAUGACCCCCUGAGGCCAAAGCAUCACUAUCUUGGCCAUUAUCCAGAUCUAAUCAUCCACUUUGGCCCACUUAUUCGCCUGUGGACUCUGCGGUUUGAAAGCAAACAUACUUUUUUCAAACAGUGUGCCAGAAAAUUGCACAAUUUCAAAAAUCUGUGCAAAACUCUCUCAGACAGACACCAACUUCUCCAGGCAUACCUGAGUGCGGGAAACUUGUUCCCUCCACUUAUACAGGUACAGAAGGGGACUGAUUUUUAUGUAGAUGAUUACAACGACAAGAUCAGGGCAUCUGUAGCCAGUUGUCAAUUUGAGUCUCAGUCUGCAGUGGCUUGUAACAAUGUUACAGUCAAAGGCACAGACUACAGAAAGGGGAUGUUCAUCUUGCUUGGGAACAGUGAUGAAGGACUUCACAUGGGGAAGAUUAUGCUAGUCAUUGUUGCCCAUAACUCUGUCCACUUUGUCUCAGAGAAACACACUUCUGUGAAGUUAAGUGACAUAGGUGUGUACUGUGACUUAGGAGUGGCCCAAGAGGAUUAUGUGUGCAUUAAGCACGAAGAUCUACUGGACUACUAUCCUCUUCCAGCAUACAACGUGUAUGAUCAGAUGCUUAUUGCACUCCACCAUUCUUUUCCAGAAGCAGUUUAAACAGGGAGGAAAGAGAGGAUAUGAGAGACGGAGAGGAAAGGGAGGACAUGAGAGACGUGAGGACAGACGUAAGUAAUGGAGCAGGCUAUUUAGUCAUGGCAAACUAAAGCUCAGUUUUUAGUUGUAACCUUGAAGAUAGAUUUUGUCUUUAAUUUUGUAUUGUUGAUUGUAUAGCGAGCACAUGUUGACAGUUAAUGCCAAUGAGAAUAGGUAAUGGAAGCUAUAAAGGAAGCAGUUUGGUCAUAUUUACCGGGCCUCCCUGAUGACUUGCUGACUACCCUACUCCAUGAGCUUGGAGUGGAGAGUAUUGAAGAUCUGGCCUUAAUGGAGGAGAAGGAUCUGGUCAAAUACCUUAAACCAAUCCAGUGUCGGAAGCUGAUGAAUGGUAUUAAGGAAGGAUUUGUAACGAUUAAUCUGGAGGUGCUCCCUCCCCAUCCAAUUGCUUCAAGCUCCGCGAACACGCUGGCCUCUCCGCAAGCAUUCCGGCCUCCACAUAACCUGUUGUCCAGCCCCCCAAGCACUUCAAGCUCCUCACAGUCUACACAGCCUGGCAUGCCAUGGCAUGUAGACUUCCAUGUCAACUGGAACCAGAUGCCAACAGCCAUUCAACGUGCAGUGGCAAAAGAAGAAAGACCAAUGCCAGAUGAGAGAAGGGCCUUUGUACACGUGUUGGUGGAUCAGAUGAUGCAGCACGAGCGCAACCCAACCAGAGCCAUGUGCCACAGCAUCGUCCGAACAAUUAUCAGGAGCCAUCCAAAAAGCUUUGCUGACAUUAGCAGGCGAGGUGAAGUUGUUGGAGACGGAUGCCCCUCUCUUCUCCAACAAGUUAAAACAAGAGUGGAGUAUAAAACCAGGAACAACACUCUGGCUCGACUUCGCCGAGGCCGAGGGGGAAGACAGCACACUGAAGUGGCAGGAGAGUCCAGACUGAUGAGAGGUCCUGUCGACCAAUACGGGUGUGUGAGGUGGUGCCCAACAGACUUACCAGAGGGGGAGACCGAGGCAACGUUGGAAGAUUUGAAAAGGGAUCUGCGGAACAUCUACUCAGAGGAAGGGAUGGGUGGGGCAGAGAGAGCAGAACCUCUGAUGGAGAGGACCUACGUCAUCCUGCGGAGGUACCUCAACAGAAUGCCUGCACCAGCGAUGUUGGAGGUCAAAGAGGAAUGGCCUUUUCUCUUUUCUCAGAGAGGGCUUUUCUCCCACUUUGGCCUCCUGACGGACGUCAACAUCCUUCAAAAGCUCCAAGAGGCUCUGGGUCAGAGAGGACAGACCAUCCUGCAGUUCUGCCAGACACUGGACAACCCGAAGAUCAAGGAAGUUCUGGCCAGCUAUGAACCAGAGGCUUCGGAGAAGGCUGCCUGCAUCCUCCUCCUCCUUAUGGUGUACUUCAAGGAGCCUACGGAGAAACUGAUGCUCGAAGUUGAUACCUGUGCCACUGCUGCUGAUGUAGUGAAUACUGCAGCACUCCCAAGCACCCCCUGCUUGAUCAUUCAAGGUGACACAAUGAAGCCUUCUGGAUGGAUGCUAUCCAUCGAGGGACAAGUCGUAAUGGGCCCACACCCAUUUAUUUUGCAUGGGGUAGCUGCUUUAUUCAGCAGCUACUAUGUCUUCAACCUCGAGUAUCCCGUUGGAUCAUGCACACUGGAGUUCAUCCAAAGGUGCUUCUUGGGCAUCAACCCGGAGAAAGGCUCCAAGGCAAAGAAGCGAAGCUCCAUUAACCCUCACGUGAGCACCCUUCACCGGAAGCUGAUAGACUUUGAAUGGUCUACUUGAACUGACAUGAUCCUGACGUCCCUGCACCUCUUUUUUUCUUUUGAGUGCGUGCAUUGAUUAGUUCCUUUUUUCACCACGCUGUUCAUGAGGUUUUCAACCCGUUUGUUUAUUCAGGUUUAAUUUUGUCAAUAAAUAUGCCAGUGGGCUUCCAUUGA